AUGGAGAAAGCUAACGGAUUUUUAAAUAUAUUCAAUAACAAACAAGUUUCUGUUGCUGUUCAACUUGAUACAAAGUUAAAACUUGAGAUUGAAGAAAAUAGAUUAUUUAUCCAACCAAUAAUUGAAACUAUUUUAGUAUGUGGGCGGCAAGGGAUAGCACUGCGAGGUCAUAAGGAUUAUGGUCCUAUUCAAUUUGAAACUCCAUUCCCUUCAGAAAAUGAUGGAAAUUUCCGAGCAUUACUUAGGUAUCGUGUAAAUGGAGGAGAUCAGAUAUUUCGACAGCGCUUACAAAAUUGUCCACGAAAUGCUACAUACACGAGUUCAGUAAUUCAAAAUCAAAUAAUUGAUAUUAUUGGUUCUAUCAUUAUUAAGAAACUUGUAAAUAAAAUUAACCAAGCAAAAUGUUUUACAGUUUUAGCUGAUGAAACAUGUGACAUUUCCGGGAUAGAACAAUUCAGCCUUUGUGUUCGAUAUUAUGAUAGUGAUACCAAUAUGAUGAGAGAAGAUUUUCUCAAAUUUGUGCCUGUUGUUGAUGUUACAGGCAAUGGUUUGGCCGAAGUUUUGAUAGACAGCUUAAAAAAUAUUGGUCUAGACUUAAAUUUUUUACGUGGGCAAGGUUACGAUGGGGCCUCCGCUAUGCGUGGCCAUUUUAAUGGCGUACAAGCAGUUGUAAGGCGGUCAUAUCCAUUAGCAGUAUACUCUCAUUGUAGUUCACAUUCAUUAAAUUUAGCAAUAUCGGAUGCUUGUAACAUAAAAUCAAUCCGGAAUGCCACAGGUACAUUACAAGCUAUUUAUGUAUUUUUUAAAACGCCUAAAAGGCAAAAUGUAUUGAAAAAAACAAUUGACGAAAUUGCACCAGAAAACAAGAAAAAAAAACUAAAGGAUUUAUGUCCCACUAGAUGGGUGGAACGACACGAAUCAGUAAUGGUGUUUUUAGAACUAUUUGACUCAGUUAUUGAAGCUUUAGAAGAAAUUUCCAAUUGGGUAGAUAGAGAAACAUCAUCAAAAAGUAAUAAUUUACUGUGUUCCAUAAAAAAUGGAGAGUUUUUAUUAACUGUUCAUAUUCUCGCCAAAGUUCUUUCAAUUAGCUUGCCUUUAAGUCGCCAGUUACAAACAGAAAACUUGGACUUGGUUAAAGCUAUGGAGUUAGCCGAAGAUGUGACUCACACAGCAAUGGAUUUAAGAAGAAAAGCUGAAGCAGAGUUUAAAGAAAUUUAUACUGAAGUAAGCAGAAAAUGCGAAACCAUGGGAGUUGCAAUCACCGUACCUAGACUUACAAAGAAUCAAAACCAUAGAUCAAACUUCACCACAAACUCCAGUGAAGAAUAUUUUAGGUUAUCAAUAUACAUUCCAUUUUUAGACAGUUUUUCAAACCAAUUAAGAGAUAGAUUUUUAGCUCAUAAAUCACUUGUUAAAAAUUUUUCUUGUUUACUGAGUGUUCAAGAUGAUGAUGAAGAAAAUUUUGUUGAACUUAUAAAAAUAUAUGCAGAGGAUAUUGUAGUUGAUGAUAAAAGUGCAAAGGGUGAAUUUUUGGUUUGGAAGCAACAGAUUAAAAAUUCCACUCCGAAACAUGUGAUAGAUGCAUUGAAUAACUGUAAUUCUAUUAUUUUUCCUACGAUUCACAGGCUGUUGGUUAUCUUAGCAACAUUUCCUGUCACCACAUCUACAAGUGAACGUUCCUUUUCAACUCUCCGUAGACUUAAAACUUAUUUAAGAAAUACCGUGGGAGAAAACAGGCUGAAUGGUCUAGCUUUAAUGAAUAUCCAUAGAGAUAUACCUAUAUCUACGGCAGAGGUUAUUGAUGGACUUGCAAUCCAAUCCCGCCGCUUAAAAUUCACCUAG